CAUGUCAACUCGCAAGUAGUUCACGUGGUAGAAUAGUUCAAAUUAUGUCCUUAGAUCAAGGAACAAGUAUUGCCCAAAAGGGUACACGAGUUGCUUCUGAAGAUAAGUUAAAACAAAAAAGUGAAGAAUCGAAGAAGCAGGGCUUUAUCCCAUUUAAACCAAAUAUUCAUGGGAAUCUUUAA